AUGGGGCAGCCCUGGUCUCUACAUCAAAGCAAUGCAUAUGGCCACAAUCACAGGGAUGAUGGCUUCUCAGUGGCUCAUGUUCAAUCUGAAGAAUGUCCUUUGGUUGUUAACUAUCCUUUCCAUCUUACAAACGGCAAGCCUAAAUCUGUCCUUGUUGGAGAAACAUCUGUUGACACCAUUUGCAUAGUUAAUGAAUCUUCUGAACCUGUACGUUUGUGCGCGGUGAGCAUUCACACUUCAGACCCAGCAGGUAGUUUUGUGUUGUCAAUGAUGAAACCACCAUCGAAGAAUGCUGGUGAGGAGGCAAAUAAGCAUUUUGUUGCUUUGGAUUCUGUGGAAGAUCUGACAGUUCAGCCUCAACAAACUCUAAAAAUUUGGUUGUCUUGUAUGCCAAAGGAUAUUGGUUUACAUUCAGCAACCGUGGACGUUAAGACUGAUGAGGAGGAUAUUGUUCAGCGUAUUGCUUUUCUGUUGGCGGAUGAUAAUGUUUCAGUGAAAUUAUUUUCUAAGGAACCUUGCCUUAGGGAAUUCAACUUUCAAUAUGCAUGCAAACACAAACCUUAUGACUUGUCUGAAGAGCUGAGCAUGAAAAACUAUUCAGAAUUCUUUACAUCUCUUUUGGAAAUUGAAAAACUUCAUUUAAAGGAGUACAUGAGUUCAUAUGGCAUGGAGGGUGUCUCGAUAAGAAGGACGGGUUCUUAUUUGUCUCUUGAGGUCCCAGGUUUAGCAGAACAGAGGCCCUCACUUGUCCCUGGAGACUAUAUAGCUGUUUCCAACCAUUUUCAGAAUGAUGCUCAGCCAUACAAAGGCUACAUUCACUCGGUUGAAGUUGACAAGAUAUUGUUUACAUUAGAUUGGUUUGAUUAUGAUUGGUUUGAUUAUGAUUACCAACCCAAGAAUAAGUAUGAUGUUUUCUUCUCAUACAGUGAUACAAACAUGAGAAGGCUCUCCUUGUCUGUCUGCAAGAGAAUCUGCAAGAGAAAACAUAUUUGCGACAGAAUUAUGUUUCCCGGCCAAGCAUCUUGUAGAGAGGUGAAGAAAAAGGGAUAUGAUUAUCUGAAUCGGUCCAUAGACCCUGAACAAGCUGAUGCAAUUAAUAGGAUAAUUGGCCUACAAGGGGGUGCACCAUAUGUGAUUUAUGGACCUCCAGGAACUGGCAAGACCUGUACCCUUAUUGAGGCCAUUUGGCAGCUUUAUAAAUCUGCCAGGGGAAAGAUUCUCGUAUGUGCUCCUUCCAAUGCUGCCGCAGACCAUAUAUUGGAAAAACUGGUUUCUACUUCCUGUCUGUUCUUGAAAGAACAUAUCUUUAGGCUGAAUUCUCCUAAGCGAAAGUUCAACAAAAUGAAACCUUCUCUUUUGGAGUUUUGCUUCUAUGAAAAUAAGGAGUUCAGGUGUCCUCCGGUGAAAGCGUUAAAGAGAUACAACAUAGUUAUUUCAACCAACAUGAGUUCAUCAAACCUGUGGGGUCUUCCUGAAGACCAUUUCACACAUAUUUUCUUGGAUGAUGCUGGACAAUGUUCUGAACCAGAGACAAUGGUUCCUUUGUCGCAUUUGUGCGGACGAGACACAGUGGUUGUAGUAGCAGGAGAUCCCAUGCAAUUAGGGCCUGUAGUUUUUUGUGAACAAGCAGAGAAGGAUGGUUUGGGGAAAUCCUAUUUGCAAAGGUUGCUCUGUGACAUUGAGGUGUACCAUUCAUGCAAUCCUAAUUAUGUUAAGAUGCUAGUGAAAAACUAUAGGUGCCAUCCAGCUAUCCUGGAGCUAACAUCACAGCUUUACUACGGGGGUCAAUCAAUCGCCAGUCCCAGUAAGGGUGAUGAAGUGGCAUCUAUUUAUGAUUGUAUUGGGCUUCCUAACAAGAAGUUCCCUGUUCUUUUUUUUGGAAUUCAGGGAUGUGAUGACAGGGAACGCACCAGUCCAUCCUGGUUCAACAGAAUCGAAGUUACUAGAGUAGUAUAUUUAAUUACAACUCUGAGAGGUGCCGGCGUAAGUGAAGCUGAUAUCGGGGUCAUUACUCCAUAUCGUGGACAGGUUUGCAAGAUAAAUAAGGCUCUGAAAAUGCCGCAGGUGUUAGUUGGAACUGCCGAACAAUUCCUGGCUCAAGAAAGGGAAAUAAUAAUCAUCUCAACUGUCAGGUCCACCUUAAAGCAUGCCACCUUAAAGCAUGAAGAGUUUGACAAAAUCUUCAACCUGGGAUUCCUGAACAACCCUAGACGGUCCCAUUUUGCGAUGACGCGUGCCAGAUCAUUGCUCAUUAUCGUUGGAAACCCUCACAUUAUGACUAAGGAUACGCACUGGGAUAAGCUCCUGAAGUACUGCAGAGACAACGGUUCUUAUGUAGGAUGUGCACUUCCCCCACUAGAAGAACAAGAGGGUGGAGCUGCAGAUCUAGUCCGCUGA